AAGUGCUACUAGUGAUUGAAGUUAGCAUAACGGAGAGCACGGCGGUACUGACUGCUGCACCCAAACAAGACUUUCUGUCAUGUCAGUCAGUUACUGGUAGUGCUCUCUAACUUUACCAUACCACAACGUCUGGACUUGACUGAUUCGACGGCACAGCUAUGUGCAGCUGUGUGCGGAGCUCCAGGGCUCUGUCCCCUGUGCUGCUCCCCAGGCUGCUGCCUCCUCAGACGGGGUACAGAUUGGCCGGCAGGGGACUCUGGACCUCCCCGCACUGUAUGGCUGUCAGUGGAGACUCUCAGCCGCUCCCACUGCCCAGUCAGGCCCGUGUGGUGAUCUGUGGAGGAGGUAUUGUGGGAACAUCAGUAGCCUUCCACCUGGCCAAAUUGGGCUGGACUGAUAUAGUGCUGCUGGAACAGGGCAGACUUGGGGCAGGAACGACCAGACUGUGUGCUGGCAUUGUCAGUGUGGCAAAGCCUAUUUCCAUUGAGUGUAAAAUGGCAAACUACUCUAAUGGUCUUUACCAGCAGCUGGAGGAGGAGACUGGGGUCAAAACAGGGUAUGUGAAGACAGGGUCUUUGUGUCUGGCCCAAAAUCAGGAUCGCUUCCUCUCUCUGAAGCGCCUGGCAUCCCGACUAAAGGUAAUGGGGAUCAGCUGUAACAUCAUUAAGCCAAAAGAGGUGGCUAAACUCCACCCUCUUGUUAACAUCCAUGAUCUGGUGGGGGCACUCCACCUUCCUGCAGAUGCUGUGGUGUCUCCACCUGAUGUUAACCAUGCCCUGGCCGUGGCUGCUGCUGGGCAUGGGGUUCAGAUCCUGGAUCGAACCACUGUCCAGCAGGUUCUGGUAGAGAAGGGUCAAGUGAUGGCAGUUGAGACUGAUCGUGGCUCCAUUGAGUGUGAAUAUUUCGUCAACUGUGCUGGACAGUGGGCUUAUGAGCUGGGCCAGGCUAGUGAGACGAAGGUGUCGGUUCCUCUUCAUGGCUGUGAACACUUCUACCUCCUCACCAAACCUCUCCAGGAGCCACUUCCACCCAGCACGCCAGUGGUGAUCGAUAUGGACGGCAGGAUAUAUGCACGACCAUGGCAGGGAGGCAUUCUAUCAGGGGGCUUUGAGAAGAACCCCAAACCCAUCUUCACUGAGGGACGCAACCAGCUGGAGAUCCAGAACAUGCAGGAGGACUGGGACCACUUCGAGCCAAUGCUCAGUGCCUUGCUGAGGAGAAUGCCGAAUCUUGAAUCAGCUGAGAUCCAUCAGCUGGUCAACUGUCCAGAGUCCUUCACCCCUGAUAUGCGCUGCCUGAUGGGAGAGACGCCAGGUGUCUCAGGCUACUACGUGCUGGCAGGGAUGAACUCCUCUGGCCUGUCCUUUGCUGGAGGAGCUGGCAAGUACCUGGCAGAAUGGAUGACCUAUGGCUACCCCACAGUCAAUGUCUGGCCGCUAGACAUCAAACGCUUUGGCAACCUGCAGAGCAGCCGAACUUUCUUGCGACACAGAGUAAUGGAGGUCAUGCCCCUGCUGUAUGAACUAAAGGUUCCUCGGUGGGACUUUCAGACUGGGCGUCAACUGCGGACCAGCCCUCUGUAUGAUCGUCUGGACACCCAGGGAGCUCGCUGGAUGGAGAAACAUGGUUUCGAAAGGCCCAAAUACUUUGUUCCCCCAGGAAAAGAUCUGCUGUCUCUGGACCAGAGUAAGACCUUCUACAAGCCAGACUGGUUUGACAUUGUUGGAGCAGAAGUGAAAUGCUGCAAAGAGGCUGUCUGUGUCAUCGACAUGUCCUCCUUCACCAAGUUUGAACUUACUUCAACAGGGGACCAGGCCCUGGACCUGCUGCAAUAUCUGUGUGCCAAUGACCUGGAUGUUCCUGUUGGACACAUCGUCCACACCGGUAUGCUGAAUGAGAGGGGAGGCUAUGAGAACGACUGCAGCGUGGUCCGCCUCAGCAAGAACAGCUUCUUCAUCAUCUCUCCGACAGACCAGCAGGUCCACUGUUGGUCCUGGAUAAAGAAACACAUGCCUAAUGACCCACACCUCCACCUAGAGGAUGUCACCUGGAAGUACACUGCUUUAAAUUUGAUUGGACCUCGCGCAAUGGAUGUUCUGGCUGAGCUGUCAUAUGUUUCUAUGACACCUGAUCACUUCCCCUCCAUGUUCUGUAAGGAGAUGAGUGUCGGCUAUGCCAACGGGAUCAGAGUGAUGAGUAUGACUCACACUGGUGAACCAGGUUUUAUGCUCUACAUACCUAUAGAGUAUGCUCUGCAUGUGUACAACGAGGUGAUGUCAGUGGGUCAGAAGUACGGGGUUCGUAAUGCAGGGUACUACGCACUGCGCAGCCUACGCAUAGAGAAAUUCUUUGCCUUCUGGGGUCAGGACCUCGACACCUUCACCACCCCGCUGGAAUGUGGACGAGAGUUCAGGGUUAAGUUUGACACGGACACUGAUUUCCUUGGUCGUGAAGCCUUGAUGCAGCAGCGUCAGGAGGGUGCGUCUCGGCGAUUCGUCAUGCUGGUUCUAGAGGACCACGACACUGAGCUGGACCUGUGGCCGUGGUGGGGCGAGCCCAUCUACCGAAAUGGUGAGUUAGCUGGGACGACCACCAGCAGCGCCUACAGCUACACUCUGGAGCGCCACGUCUGCCUCGGCUUUGUAUCUCCACCGCCAGGCCCAGAGGGGCUUCCCACUCCCAUCACCCCAGACUUCAUCAACCGUGGUGACUACGAGGUGGACAUUGCUGGCCAGCGCUACCCAGCCAAAGCUAAACUCUACCCCUUCAGCUCCCUCUUCACCCAACAAAAACGCCGCAAGGAAGACUUGGAGUUGAGCAACCUCCAGGGGAAGUGAUGCGAAGUAAUAGAAGGCCUCGCUUUUGCUUCGGUAGAGGCUUCUGUGACACUCCUUCAGUUCACCAAAUCCACUCCUGCACUUACCUGGAAGUGCCAACCUGUCGUCCCUUCUCUAGCUCCUAAUCAGAGGGCUGUAUGCACAAUCACUCCAUGUCUCUCUAAUAUUGAACUCCCACGCUGCAUCUCCCUCUUUCAAAGUGCAAUAUUUAAAAAGCACCAAAUGCUCGAGCUGUAUCAAAUACAGCAAAACAACAAUACGCCUGUGUCGUCAGAUCCUGUAGUUGUUUUCGGUCGUGCUUCACACUCAAACAAGGUCCACAGUUUACAGGGGACAGUCUGCGGAUAAGUGCCUUUGUCAAGGCAACAUCAACAAUAUUUGUUGGAGGACUUUCACUUCGUUCACUUUAACCCACCCAGAAGGGAUUUAGACCGACAAUCUCCUCCAGCAGCGCUCCAGUCAUUGUAACUGUUCAACACUGCACAGUCUGGAAGAGUCUGAAAAAAAUGUCAUUCAAUGCUGAAGUGCAAAUGCCUACACAGUCGAUGCAGUACUUGACUUUAUCGUCAUUUUACAAAUUGUAAUGUUGCUGCUGUAAAGCGUGAGUGAUGUGGCCUAAUUCAGAUACUUUAUAUUGGUCACUACUAAAGGUAUCGUUCUCAGUCAGGGGAAGGAGUGAUGAAGCCUGAUGUAAUCAUUAGUAAACCAUUGUUUUCCUCCUCUAGUCCUGUUGAAAAGGCUCCCAGGCUCUAUAACAUCCUCAAAUGAUCUUUUCCCACUUGAUUUUGUCAUUAUCAUCGAGCUGUUCCGCUGUUAUUCUGCUGUGUGUUGAGCUUGUGGUAAUGUAUUUACAGUAUAAUAAUAUAAUCCGGCCUGUUAUUUAUGUUUGUGGUCGUUUUGAGGCAGCGUUGCUUUUUUGAUUCUCAAGUUUUCAUUUCUGUGUUGUUGAAUGUGUGGCUGAUGUUCGGUGGGGGGUGGGGGGGG